AAUUACUACUACCCAUAUUAGAUGAACCCGUGGUAUCGGCAGGUAAACAUACUCUUAUUAUAAUAGUAAAGGAAGUGUUAACUAAAGACGUAAAACCAGUGAUAAAAAUAAUUAUCUUUGGAUAAAUACCUUAAGAAAUUAAAAUUGAAAGAAGAUAAAGGCAAAAUAGAACUUACAAAAAUAUAGCAAAGAUGGCUAAGCUUGGGGGUUUUGUGACAUUUCUGUAUUUUCUGGCGCUGGCAGCGGGGAUUAUUUCCUUGAUUCUGCCGUUCUGGUCAUCUACGGAAGUUGAAAUGGUGAAUAAAACUGUCACUGUGCAAAAGAAAACGGAAAGUGGAUUGUGGUGGAGCCGUGAAACAUUUACUAUUACAGAAGAAGCACUUAAAGACCUAAAUGAAGACGAUUCCUGGAAGUCUAUACUAGACACUCCCAAAGAUACAACAGGUGUCAAGGCAGUAAAGGGCAUCAUCGUUGUAGGAUUGGGGUUCCUAGCGAUUGUUAUGGUCCUCGCUGGAUGUACAAGAUGUUGUUCCAAUGAUGACAAUGAAUUUCGGAUGCAGUCUGUAUUCUUUGGCUCAGGGAUUGCUGCAAUUAUUGCAGGUAUCUUGAUUGGUAUUGGUCCUAUCGUAUACUAUACAGACGUGAAAGAUGAUUACAAGUUUGAAAGCGGUGAUUUGGAAUGGUGUUUCUGGACCGCUGUGGCUUCAGCAUGUGCGGCCGUUGCUGCGGGGAUAAUUGGAAUUUUGGGAUGCCUUGUAAGCUUCCGGAGUGCAAAGAAAGCGAGUAUUGCUGAUUAGAGAACAAAAAUUGUGGCUGAGGCUUUAGUGGAAAUUAUAAAUGACUUUAAUUUAUUAUGCAUGUAUGUCUUAGGGAAAUGGCGAAGAAACUCGAUGUCCGGCAAAAAGCUCGUGUAAAAUAUUUUAAUGAUGCGGUAGUUGUCCUUAGAGAAUCAGAUGGUAUUUGUUUAAAUCUCAGAUGUUUUUUACUAUGCAAGAAUGUCUGCUCACAAACGAUUUUAAAAAAAUAUUUCUGUGUUCUCAUGUGCUCUGUUUUACAAUAGAAAAAUCUAUUUUCUAUAUAUAGUGUUUUACAGAAAAAAAUGAAGCUACUGUAUGUUUAAAACAACUAUUUCUUCGUUCGAAUAUUUUCUGUAUUAAUUCACGUUUACAGUUUUACAUUUUUUAUCUGAAGUUGUGUAGAGAUGAUAUGUGCAAGAAACUUGGGUAAAUAACGUUAUCCAAAAAUGUUUAAAUCUCUUACAAAAAUUAUUUUAUUCUGUCUGAUGUAUAAAAACAGUAACGGUGAUAAUUUAAAGUAAAGAAAUAUGGACGUACGCAAAUGAUUGUGAUAAGUUUUCUAUAAGAACAUUUUCUCGUUUAUAUUCAGUAUAUAUGUCAGUUUAAUGCUAUAGUAGUAUUUAUUUGUGCAAUAAAGACACUCAUAUUCACCAAAUUAUUCGUUCUAUACGUAAAAUAUGUAAUAAACUGCUUUGCAAAAGAGA